CUGCCCGGCCUGACGUCACUGCCCCUCCCCCUGCUUAGGGGCCGCCCCCCCCUCCUCCUCCUCUGCUGUCCCCUCCCGCCAUGUUAGGAGGAGGAGGAGGAGGAAGGGAGGCCGGCAGAGCAAGGAGCCGCCCCCGCUUGGCUCGCCCGCCCGGCAGCGUUAGCAGCUGAAGCGCUUGCAUGGAAGCCGGGCCGCCGCCGGGAGCCCUGAGCAGAGCCGCGUCCUAGGCGGAGCGAGGAGCCCGCCCGGCCAGCCUGCCCACCCACCCCACCAGUGCCUACCUGGGAGGGAGCCCCCUCUUCGCCGCCACCCUUCCCGUCCCCUCGCAGCGAGGGGAGGGAAGAGCAUGAGCGGCUGCCCCGUUCCUGCCCGCCGCGGCGCCGCCUGGGCGAGGAGGAGGAGAGGGCGAGGAGGCGGCGGCGGCGGCGGAGGAGGAGGCGGAGAGGCAGCCUCGGCGAGAGCAGCAGCAGCAGCGCCGCGGCGGCCGCCACCAGCACCACGACGACGACAGCAGCGGCGGCGCCGGCGACGACAUGGUGCCCUUCGCGCCGCCGGAGGGCGCGGAGGAGCCUCAGCCUGAGCCUGAGUCGGAGCCCUCCUGCCCGCCUCGCCGGCUCGCGCCUCAGCCGCCGCCUCCCGCCCGCAUGGAGGUCUCCUCGGGAGGAGGGGGAGGCAGCAGUGGCGAGCUGAAUGGCAUUAAAAUGGUGGAUGAACCUAUGGAGGAGGGAGAACCAUAUUCCUAUGAGGAUGAAGGAAGUGUGAAAGAGAUACCUAUUACUCAUCAUGUAAAGGAAGGAUGCGAAAAGGCAGAUCCUGCACAAUUUGAAUUACUUAAAGUCCUAGGUCAAGGAUCGUUUGGAAAGGUAUUCCUUGUGAGGAAACUUAUUGGUCCUGAUGCUGGACAGCUGUAUGCAAUGAAAGUUCUGAAGAAAGCUUCUUUGAAAGUUCGAGACAGAGUUCGUACAAAGAUGGAGAGAGAUAUCUUAGUAGAAGUAAAUCAUCCGUUUAUUGUCAAACUGCACUAUGCCUUUCAGACUGAAGGGAAGCUAUAUUUAAUAUUGGAUUUUCUCAGGGGAGGGGAUGUGUUCACAAGAUUAUCCAAAGAGGUUAUGUUUACAGAGGAAGAUGUGAAAUUCUACCUCGCAGAACUGGCCCUUGCUUUGGAUCAUCUGCACAGCUUGGGGAUUGUAUACAGGGACCUGAAGCCAGAAAACAUUUUGCUUGAUGAAGCAGGACAUAUCAAAUUAACAGACUUUGGCCUCAGCAAAGAAUCUGUCGAUCAAGAAAAGAAGGCCUACUCUUUCUGUGGUACUGUAGAGUACAUGGCACCGGAAGUUGUAAACCGGCGAGGCCACAACCAGAGUGCUGACUGGUGGUCCUUUGGCGUUCUUAUGUUUGAAAUGCUUACUGGUACAUUACCAUUUCAAGGUAAAGAUCGGAACGAAACUAUGAAUAUGAUACUGAAAGCAAAACUUGGAAUGCCCCAGUUCCUUAGCCCUGAAGCUCAAAGUCUUCUGAGGAUGCUGUUUAAAAGGAAUCCUUCAAAUAGGUUAGGAGCUGGUCCUGAUGGAGUUGAAGAAAUCAAGAGACAUCCCUUUUUUUCAACCAUUGACUGGAAUAAAUUAUUCAGGAGAGAGAUUCAACCACCAUUUAAACCUGCUUCUGGAAGACCAGAAGAUACAUUUUGUUUUGAUCCAGAAUUCACAGCAAAAACACCAAAAGAUUCUCCAGGAGUUCCACCUAGUGCUAAUGCACAUCAGCUCUUCAAAGGCUUUAGCUUUGUUGCAACUACUUCCAUAGAAGAUCACAAAUUUCCCCCCCUCAACAAUAUAUUACCAAUCGUUCAGCAACUUCAUGGGAACAGUGUACUAUUCACAGAUGCCUAUGAACUCAAGGAGGACAUUGGUGUUGGCUCCUACUCUGUGUGCAAGCGAUGUAUCCAUAUAGCUUCAAGCAUGGAGUUUGCUGUUAAGAUAAUUGACAAGAGUAAGAGAGAUCCCUCGGAAGAAAUUGAGAUUUUAAUGCGCUAUGGACAGCACCCUAACAUUAUUACUUUAAAAGAUGUGUACGAUGAUGGUAAAUAUAUCUACCUUGUCACAGAACUGAUGAAAGGAGGUGAGCUGCUGGAUCGUAUUCUUAGGCAAAAGUAUUUCUCAGAACGGGAAGCAAGUGCUGUCUUGUAUACGAUCACUAAAACAGUUGACUACCUCCAUUGUCAAGGAGUAGUGCACCGAGAUCUUAAACCUAGUAAUAUUUUGUAUAUGGAUGACUCUAAUAAUGCCGACUCCAUCAGGAUUUGCGAUUUUGGUUUUGCAAAACAGCUUCGGGGGGAGAAUGGGCUUCUUUUAACCCCAUGCUACACCGCCAACUUUGUAGCACCAGAGGUUCUCAUGAGACAGGGCUAUGAUGCUGCUUGUGAUAUCUGGAGCCUGGGUGUCCUCCUGUAUACAAUGUUGGCUGGGUAUACUCCUUUUGCCAACGGUCCCAAUGAUACCCCCGAAGAAAUCCUCCUACGAAUAGGCAGUGGGAAGUUCUCUUUAAGCGGAGGCAACUGGGAUACUGUUUCAGAUGCAGCAAAGGACUUGCUAUCUCAUAUGCUGCAUGUGGAUCCACAUCAACGAUAUACUGCAGAGCAAGUUCUCAAGCACUCGUGGAUAGCCUGCAGGGACCAGUUGCCACAUUACCAACUUAACAGGCAAGACGCGCCACAUCUAGUCAAGGGGGCCAUGGCUGCCACAUAUUCUGCACUGAAUAACAAGACUUUUCAACCUGUAUUAGAGCCUGUCGCAGCUUCAAGCUUAGCUCAACGGCGGAGCAUGAAAAAGCUAACAUCAACAGACUUAUAGUUCCACUGGGGCACGUCAGCCAAAGUGGAAUAAGGGGAAAGAACUCCAAUAAACGUCUCUGUAUCUGCCUGGCCUGUGAUUGAAAAGGCAUAUACAAGUUCCUCCUACACUACUUGAAUUCUGUUGAAGAAAACAUGUCCACAGAUUCAGGGGGAUUCAUGACGUUUUUGUAGGAAGAGUUAGUGGUUCAUUGAAGCAAAACAUCAGGGUACAUCAUGAGGAAUUUUCUGUAUGCUGUCUUUUUACCAAGAUCUGUUGCAUUAUGUUAAUACUUCUAAAUACUGUAUAGUUUUUGCCCAGUUCAUAAAGAAAAAUUAGGGGACCACUGACAAUGCUCAAGUUGUAAAUUAAAAAAAGAAAAGGAAAUAUUGUUUAGUAUGUUUGCUACCUGGCCCUAUUGUGUAAAAAGUUGAAACUUGUAAGCUCUCUAGUUUUGUAAAUUGGUCAAUUCACCCAUAGACUCCAUUGACUUAACCCAUUGGUACAACAAGGCAGUCCCACUCAAAUACUCUAUCAGUGCAAGAGUGCUGAUAUGGGAGCCCUAGACAUUGGAUAGAGGGCACAAAGAGAAGUGGUGACGGGGGUCUGAGAACCUGCACUUCAGUUACAGUGUGAAAGCCAUUGUUUGAGCUAUAGGGUUGCUUGGUUUUGGAGUGCCUUCAUGCAAGGUUGUUAGAAGUUGGUUAAGAUGAUGAUGAUGUAUUGUAUUUGAACAUGUACAUGCUGUCUCAAUCUUUGGAGGAUUUGAAGAGAAGGGUGAGUAGGCAUCUUUUGGGUAUUUUUGAGGUAUAGACGAAAACAUCUAGCUAUAGAAUAUCCGUGGGCCAGGGGUAGAUCUAGAUGACCCAGAGAGUCCCUCCGACAAUAUGAUUCUUCUGCAACAAGGGAGUUGGUGUGUUGUGCUAUGUACAUGUCUGUAAAAUGGGCUGUGCCUUUUCCAUUUACCAUAGAAGGGCUGACCUUGUAUCCUCACUGAGGUCUGAAAACAAACCCUUCAGAGUGGGAACCUGAAGAGCACCUGGUAUUUCUUUUGAUUGCCUGUUGAGCUGUCUUGGUGACCCACUGUGUUGUGCUCUUGCUUUCCUCUUUCCUCUGUGAUUUAGUUACCAUUUAGUAGGUCUUUCUCAUGCUGGGAUAGCUGUUAACCUAGCAUUGUAAGAUACAGAUGUUUUUAUCACAUAGCAUAUUUCACAAUGGCUUUAUUUAUUCAAACUUAAUAGAAAAUUCUGUUAUGUCA